AUGCAUUUCCUCCGAUGUCGGUCGACCCUCAGCUCGCGUCAAAUGAUGCCUACAAUCCUUUCUAGGUGGCUGAUCACCAUUUCAGUCUGCCUUCUCGUACGAACCGCACUCGCGAUUGACGUUAGCCCUGAUGACGAGACCUCCCUCAAAGAUGCCGCCAAGACCGUUGCCUCCGCCAUGAUGGAUUUCUACAACGACCGCGACUCGAAAUCUAUUCCAGGCAAAAUGGACGAUACCUGGUGGGAGGGUGGUUCGAUGUUCAUGACCCUCAUCCAGUACUGGUAUUUAACGGGCGACAGCCAGUUCAACGACGCCAUCCAGGAGGGCAUGUACUGGCAGAAGGGCGAAAAUGACUUUUUCCCAAGCAACUACUCCCAGUACCUAGGCAACGACGAUCAGGUUUUCUGGGGAUUAGCGGCGAUAACUGCCGCGGAACUAAACUUUCCAGAAAGAGACAACCAACCCUCAUGGGUUUCUUUAGCCGAGGGUGUCUUCAACGGACAGAUUCCUCGUUGGGAUAUGGCCAGUUGCAGCGGGGGUUUGCGAUGGCAGAUCUGGCCUUACCAGAAUGGCUUUCAUUUGAAAAACGCCAUCUCCAACGGAGGGUUGUUCCAGCUGUCAGCGCGUCUGGCACUAUAUACCAAGAACUCGACCUAUGCCGAAUGGGCUGAGAAAAUUUGGGAUUGGAGUGCAUCUACACCGCUGUUGAGAAAAACCUGGGUUAUAGCCGAUACAACUUCUACCGCUGCGGAUUGCAAGGAUCAUGGUGAUCAUCAAUGGACUUACAAUUAUGCCACGUAUAUAUCCGGUGCUGGUUAUAUGCACAAUUAUACUAAUGGCGCCGAAAGCAAAUGGCUCGAAGGCGUAAACGGACUGAUCAAGACAUCUGAUCAGUUUUUCCCCGAUUCCGGUGCAAAACAAAUCAUUUCCGAUAUCACCUGCGAGCCAAUCAAUAAAUGUGAUCGCAAUCAAAAAACAUUCAAGGCCUAUUUCACUUCUUGGAUCGGAUUCAUGUCCUUGAUAGUACCGACCGAGACCACGGCGGACUUGAUGGCGAGAUUCAAGAGUUCGGCUGUCGCUGCCGGUCAACAAUGCUCCGGUGGAAGCGAUGGGAAGCAUUGUGGAAUUCGCUGGACGAAGAAGGCAGAAUGGGAUGGAACUGUGGGCUUGGAGCAGCAGAUGUCUGUGUUGGGUGUCCUUAAUGCUAUCAUGGUCCCAUUCAAGGCUCAGGGACCUUACAAUGCUGACAACGGUGGGACAUCCAAAAGCGACCCACAUGGAGGCACCAACACUAAGAAUACCUUGGGCCCGAAAGAUGUCGAGACAGGUGACAAGGUUGGCGCAGGAAUAUUGACGGCGGUCUUUAUCAUACUCUGGGUCGGGGCUGUGUCUUGGAUUGUUAAAGCUGAGUAA